AUGCACCAGCUCCCCGUUCCGGAGCCAGAAGCGGGAGAGGAGGAGGAUUCCGUGAAGUUCCGGCGAAGCCUGCGAAAAGUGUUGGCGUCGGCUUCGGAACUUCUCAGGGCCGAGCAGCCCUCGCAGGUUUGGACAGUCGGCGGCGACUGCUCCGUGGAUCUGACGCCCAUCUCUUACUUGGCAGAAAGGUACGGCGAACGGCUCUGUGUCGCCUACGUGGAUGCUCACUGUGACUUGAACAAAGAGGCGGCCAAGCCUAGGCAAAGGGGAUCUUUAAGGCGGGCCUUCUCUGGGCCUUUCUGUCGGAUUUCCAGUGUUUUCUAG